AGAGAGAGAGCGCUUUGGAGAAGAGGGGAGGAGGAAAAGUUUGGGAGAACGCGGAGAAGGAACACGGAAUCUGGAAAAAGGGGAAAGUAUCCGUGGAAAGGGAGGUGGGGAAAGAGAUGGUGGAGUUCGGGGAGAAGCGAUUCCGAAUCCGCAUUCACAUUCCGAUCCGGGAAAAGGUGUGCUCCGCCGCUCCACUUUGCUGUGCUUGCCCUUGAUUCGGGGCGGUUUCUGGUGUUUUGUUGGCCAAGCUGUGCGCUUGAUUGUGCCGGUGAGUUUGAAAUCUGCUCUACUUCGGGAUUUCUGGUGUUUUGCUGGUCGAGUUGUGUGGUUUAUCGUGCGGGUGAGCUCAGAUUGCGAGUGUAGUGUUGAAUCACAGUGAAAGGGUGGUGGGAAGGCGAGGGCGGGGUUCGGGGGAGCAGGAAUCGACAUUCACAUUCCGAUCCGAGAAAAGGUGUGCUCCGCUGCUCCGUUUUGUACGCUCGCCUUGGUUUCGGCAUUUAUGGUGUUUGUUUGGUCAAUCUGUGUGCUUUUUUGUGCCGCCGGCUAGUUCAGAUUGUGAGUUUACUGUUGAAUCGCGGUGAAAGGGAGGCGCAGAAUAAGUGAUCCCGAGUCAAACAUUCACCGUCCCAUCCGAGAAAAGGUAUGCUCCGUUCCUCCACUUUGGCGCACUUGCCCUUGAUUUGGGGUGGUUUCUGGCGUUUUGUUCGUCAAGCUGUGUGCUUUAUUGUGCUGCUGUGGCUGCAGGUCCUUAUCUUGAUAUUUUAUCAUAUGCUCAACUGCAAGGCAACCAUGAAUUGAUGACUGGGCACUUGUGGCACUGGGUGUCUAUAUUAUCAAAGUGUUGACAUGGGGCAUCAUAUUGGUAAAAUUAUCUGUCGGUUUCUGAUAUUUGCAAUUUGGUUUUGGGGUUCUCAACAUGUGGUGUCACAGAAAACAGAAUUUGAGCCCAAGCCUAAUGUUCCUGACAAGUUUGUGCUGUCUGAUCCACCUAUUGGACUAUUUGAUCCCAUAGAGAUAUCUCCGGCUGUUGUUCCGCGUAAUCCUUAUCCUGUUGAGCCACUCUCACCAAUGUACCCAUCCUUUCCGAGCACUUAUGAACCAGUCUUGACAGGGAGAUGCCCUGUUAAUUUUUCUUCACUGUCAGAUAUCUUUGACAAGACAGCAUCCGACUGCUCUGCCCCUUUAGCUGCACUAGUGGGAAAUGUUAUUUGUUGUCCCCAGGUUAAUAGUUUGAUGCACAUAUUUCAAGGUGUUUAUAGUAGUGAAUCCGACAUGCUUGUUCUCCAGCAAGCAACUGCUAAUUAUUGCUUCUCAGAUCUUAUCAACAUAUUGGCCAGCAGAGGGGCAAACAGCACUAUUCCUACUCUUUGCCCGGUGAAGUCAUCAAAUCUUACUGGUGGUUCAUGUCCUGUCAAGGAUCUUGUUACUUUUGAGAAAAUAGUAAACACAAGCAAAUUACUGGACUCAUGCAGCACAGUUGAUCCACUGAAGGAGUGUUGCAGACCAAUUUGUCAACCUGCAAUAGUGGAAGCUGCUUUUCAGAUCUCACUAAGAGGAGCAAGCAUGCUUGACAGUUCUAGAAUACCUGGGAGUACUGCUGGGAUUACUGUUGUCAAUGAUUGUAAAGGAGUGGUUUAUACUUGGUUAUCCAGGAAGCUUUCGUCAGAGGCUGCUAACACUGCAUAUCGGAUUCUAUCUAGUUGCAAAGUUAACAAAGUUUGUCCAUUGGAAUUUGAAGAGCCUUCAUCAGUAAUCAAAGCAUGCCAUGGUAUGGCUCCUUCCAGCCUUUCGUGCUGUAGUGCAUUGAACACUUAUGUUGCAUCAAUACAGAAGCAGAUGCUUAUAACAAACAGACAAGCCAUCAAUUGUGCGACAUUGUUUGGGUCAAUGUUAGAGAAAGGUGGAGUUACAGCAAACAUUUAUGAGCUUUGCAAGGUUGAUUUGAAAGACUUUAGUCUUCAGUCAUAUGGCCAACAAGGAUGUUUGCUUCGCAGUUUGCCAGCAGAUAUCAUAUUUGACAAUGUUACUGGCUUCAGCUUUACUUGUGAUUUAAGUGACAAUAUUGCUGCUCCAUGGCCUUCCUCUUCCUCUCUUUCAUCCUUAUCUCUUUGUGCACCUGAGAUGUCUUUGCCUGCAUUGCCGAUACCUCAGGCUUCUGUAAGCUCAGGUAGCUACAACAUUGCAAGAACCAUUAUUUCUGCUGUAUAUGUGAUCUCCAGCAUAUUGCUAUGACGCGAUGACCUUCUAAGUCUAAGCCAGGGGUGAUCCGGAUGUCAGCAGAUUUCGGGAAGUCACUUCUUGAGCAGGUCUACAUGUACAUCCAGAUGUAUAGCAGCUUUUUUUCCCAGAGGAAAUGUUUAAUUUUUGUGGACCGGGAGUGAUGCUUGGAAGAAGCGUUGUCAUCGACACUGCAUAGGAGAGCUUUUCUGGAGUCCCGUUCAAUGCUUUAGGUUCCCAAGCCAUCCUAUGGUCGUCUCUUGUGAAUAGAGAAUGUGUGCCAUAUUAGUGUUUCUUUUGGGUUCUUCUGUUCCUGUCUUCCUCUGUUUCCAUUGAUCUUUGUUGCACAUGUCGAGCUUGGUAAUGGGUUGGGAUUUGCUGGUCUGCAGUCUGUGACUCCAAUUUUGGUACUUGUGAGCUCAGAGUCACUGAUGAGAGCCUUAUUGCUGCCGGACAAUACAAAUGAAACAGUUCUUCAUUAUUUGACUUUAAAUUCCCCAUCCCAAUGUUUUGAUU